UGCAUGGCGCGCUGCGAGCGGCUGCGCGGCGCGGCCCUGCGCGAAGUGCUGGGCCGGACGCAGGGGGUCCUGUUCGACUGCGACGGAGUGCUGUGGAACGGCGAGCGCGCCGUGCCGGGCGCCCCGGAGCUGCUGGAGCGGCUGGCGCGGGCCGGCAAGGCGGCGCUGUUCGUGAGCAACAACAGCCGGCGCGCGCGGCCCGAGCUGGCUCUCCGCUUCGCGCGCCUCGGCUUCGGGGGGCUGCGCGCCGAGCAGGUCUUCAGCUCCGCGCUGUGCGCCGCGCGCUUGCUGCGCCAGCGCCUGCCCGGGCCGCCGGGCGCGCCGGGCGCCGUGUUCGUGCUGGGCGGCGAGGGGCUCCGCGCCGAGCUGCGCGCCGCGGGGCUGCGCCUGGCGGGGGACCCCGGCGAGGACCCGGGCGCGGCCCCGCGCGUGCGCGCCGUGCUCGUGGGCUACGACGAGCACUUCUCCUUCGCCAAGCUGAGCGAGGCGUGCGCGCACCUGCGCGACCCCGACUGCCUCCUCGUGGCCACCGACCGCGACCCGUGGCACCCGCUCAGCGAUGGCAGCCGGACCCCCGGCACCGGGAGCCUGGCUGCUGCCGUGGAGACAGCCUCGGGCCGCCAGGCCCUGGUGGUGGGCAAGCCCAGCCCUUACAUGUUCGAGUGUAUCACCGAGCACUUCAGCAUGGACCCCGCCCGCACGCUCAUGGUGGGCGACCGCCUGGAGACCGACAUCCUCUUCGGCCACCGCUGUGGCAUGACCACCCUGCUCACGCUCACAGGUGUCUCCCGCCUGGAGGAGGCCCAGGCCUACCUGGCGUCUGGCCAGCUCGACCUCGUGCCCCAUUACUAUGUGGAGAGCAUCGCGGACUUGAUGGAGGGGUUGGAGGACUGAGCCCAUGUGACCGGCACUGC